AUGGUCACUCUAACUGAGCCGAGAUGCGGCACCAUCACACUUCCAAACGGAGAUACUGUUGCUUUGAAAACCAAAUCAGUAACCAGCGAGGAUGUCUGGUGGCCAGAGAUGAAGAGAAUUGCUGCAAAUCAUCUCAUCUGCAAACUGCCAUUUUCUCUCUCCGUGUCUCUCUCAAUCAUCUAUCUUUCACAAACAGACUGUCUUUCUACUCCAUGCCAAAAUGGAGGAACCUGCAAGGAGACACUCGAUGGCAUUACCUGUACUUGUCUCACAAGCUUUCAAGGUCAAACUUGUGCGAUUGCGAAAUGCCCGGAUGCGUCCUGGACCCCUUUCCAAGGAAAUUGCUACAAAUACUUCGACAAUAAAGCCAACUUUACUCAGGCCAUGUCUGCCUGUCGGAAUCUGACCAACGGACAGUCAUGCCAUGCAGACUUGGUUUCUAUUCAUAGUGUAGAAGAGCAGGAAUUCAUCGCCAGUCUCUGUCAUGAACAAUCUCCCUGCAAUGGUGAAUGGUACUGGAUCGGACUGUAUCAGCCAGACCCUAAUGGUCCAUUUCUUUGGUCUGACGGGACACCAGUCAACUACACCGCCUGGAAAUCGAAAGAACCAAAUAAUGCUAAUAACAACGAAGACUGCGCUCAUCUUUUUCGUUUGCCCUCAUUAUUUUGGAAUGACCGCAAUUGUUGGCAUGAAAUGUUCUUCAUCUGCAAACUUCCAGCAGUCUGUCACCAUGAAUGAACUAAAAAAAGA